GCAGAAAUGGCAAAAAGAGCUAGGCUAACAAGCUGGGAGAAUUAUGAAGAGGAGCGGGGGGGAACAUGGCACCAUCAGAGAGCCCGUCAUGCCCGGCAGUGAUGAUGAAUUCAGCUGAAGACAAUCAUGAGAGAGCGUGUGCAUGGAGGGAGAUAACAUGGGAACGGAUGAUGACACAAAUGGUGUGGAUACACAGAAAUUGCCGCCUCCUCUUCCUAGAGACGGAGGGAUUGCUCACGUUCCAGCCGUCGAGGAGCACUGGACGAGACCUCUCAAUUCGUUGACAACUCCACCCUUGACCCACGUGGUAGUCCAGGGUAUGAUCGUCCUGACACACGUCACUAAACGGUUUGCAGACCUGAAGAGAGUUGAGUGAAUGAUCAAGUUUUCAGUACAUGUAUCAAACGUGGGAUAAAGUGUGAAUGGUUAUUUCAUACGACUUGAGGUGUACACAGGGAAGCUGGGUGACAGGGCUAGGGUCAAUCGUUGACGGCUGACUUCAAGGGCAAACACCACAUGGUUUUUUCGACAACUUCUGGAGGUAAACACAAACACAC